GUCCAUUAAACUUUUCAGUUUUGGACCACCAGAUGGCGCCUUAAGGCCGCAGAGUGGUGUGGGCAAGAGACCAGACGCGACGCCAUCUUCAAUAUCCCCAGUUCUCUUCUGGUCGGUGUGUUAGCUGUUUUACUUCACUGAAUUGACGUUGGCAUUACAGAAACAUGGGAAGAAAGAAGAAAAAGCAAAUGAAGCCUUGGUGCUGGUACUGCAACAGAGAUUUUGAUGAUGAAAAGAUUCUCAUUCAGCAUCAGAAGGCCAAACACUUCAAGUGCCACAUCUGUCAUAAAAAGCUGUACACUGGUCCUGGGCUUGCAAUCCACUGUAUGCAGGUACAUAAAGAGACCAUCGAUGGAGUCCCUAAUGCAAUCCCUGGAAGAACCGAUAUUGAGCUGGAAAUAUAUGGCAUGGAGGGUAUUCCCGAAAAAGACAUGGAAGAGAGAAGAAGAGUGCUAGAGCAAAAGAACCAAGAGACUCAAAAGAAAAAGCAGAACCAGGAUGACUCUGAUGAGUAUGAUGAAGAUGACGAGCCUGGUCCCUCUUUCCAGCAGCCUUCUGCAGGCCAGCCACAGGCAGGCUACAUACCCCCUAUGACCCAGCCCAGCAUGCCUCCUGGCUCCGGUGCUUCAGGUAUCCCGCCAGGCAGCUACUCAGGAAUUCCCCCAAUGAUGCCAGGUGUGCCACCAAUGAUGCCAGGAAUGCCCCCUGUAAUGCCAGGAAUGCCUCCAGGGAUGAUACCAAUGGGUGGGAUGAUGCCUCCAGGCCCAGGGAUGCCACCAAUGAUGCCAGGUGUGGCACCAGGCAUGCCUCCUCCUGUGGGCCACUGUCCAGGCAUCACGCACAUGGCUCAGGUUCCCUCUGCUGCAAACAUACUGACUAGACCUGCUGUCCCUGCUUCCACUGCCCCAUCAAGCCAGCCUGAUGUAACAAAGCCUCUUUUUCCCAUUGGUGGACAGAUGGGCAGUCGUGUUGCAUGUACAAGUGAAGGCUCAUCCAGUGCAGACUCACAGUUCGCCUCCCCUAAAGCUCUGUUCCCUGUCACAUCACAAAGUCAGCAGUCAGGGUCCCCCCACCCUCCUUCCUCUGAUCCCUCAAAGCCCACAUUCCCGGCCUACACUCAGACCACCUUAGCUGUGGCCAGCCCCAAUGCUGGAAGCAGUACGGUCUCCAAACCCCCCUCUACUGUGACCAGUAAGCCUGCCACCCUCACCACCUCCAGUGCAACCAGUAAGUUGAUCCACCCUGAUGAGGAUAUCUCACUGGAAGAGUUGCGCGCUCAGUUGCAGAGGUACCAGCGCAGUAUUCCCCGGCCAGCCCAGAACACCGCUGCUGCCUCGCCAGUGAGUUCUGUGGGUGGCAUGAUGGUUCCUCAGCAGCCCAGCAUGAGGCAUUCCAUACCUGGCCAGUACGGUGGUCCAUCCCAGGGGCUGCCAGGCUACAUGCCAGGAGGGAUGCUUCCGUACGGACAAGCCCCUCCUGUGGUUCCCCCUGGGUACCAGGGAGCCCCUCCACGGCCACCCAUGGGUAUGAGACCCUCUGUCAUGUCGCCUGGAGCCCGCUACUGAAGCCUGCCAUCUUCUCUUCAAUAGGUUUGGACACUCAACCCUUUUCUAAUGUCCUCAGUUGCUAGUAGACAACCAGUAUUGGUAUUUUAGUACCACAACGUACUCUUUAUUCUACUACUGAGCUAUGAGGAAGAGACACUGAAUAAACAGCAAACAAAAGAAUCAGAGCGCAUGGGAAAUAUUUACACUGUACCUAACCAAGACUGAACUGUUGUUUCAAACCCUCUCUAUUCUCUGGCUUUUUUUUUUUCCUUCUCAUGUUUCAUUCAGGUUUAUAGAAGUGUAGUAGAUAUGGUUCGUAGUGUUGUGAAGGCGCUGGAGUUACAUGGGCAGUACCCACCUUUUAUCAAGGCAAGUUUUAUGUAAAUACAUUUCUGUUCUAAGCUUAACAGUGAGGCCUUCACAGCACGUAGUGCUGUUGGACUUUGUGUCCCCAACUUUGUUUGGUGAGGGCUUCAAAUAACUGUUAUUGAAUUAAUUCUGUUUUAUGUGCAUAGUUUUAAUGAAGAAGUUCUUCCAUAACCCUAAAUAGUUGAACUACUAAAUGAAAUGUAUUGUUGUAAAACUGUAUUGUAAUAAAAUGUGGCAAA